UCGCCAGACUCACCUCUUCCUCUUGCAAAUCCCCUUUGCUCCAACCCGCCAUCCGCCUCCGUCACCGCCGGCUUCUGCGUCUCCUUCUGCCAUCGCCGCUCUGCUUGUUUCUCUGCUCGCCCCAGGAGCUGCAGCGAGACUGCUCGAGUCGAUUGCGCGUGCACCGCCCUCGUCCCGGGCCUACGGUGUCGCGACCUCCGGCCAUUUUCUCUCCUCCCGUCACCAUCACGACGCAGAACCCGCCGCCGAACGCAGCGGAGUAACGAGCGCCUGCGACGAAUCACGCGCCUUUUCCCACUAUCCUCCUCUCUCUCUUUUUUUUCUCCCUUUCUGGUCCCCUCUAAUUUCCCUGCCACACUUGUCGCCUCGCCCACAAUGUCCUCCGGCGUGGUGCGAUCCACUGCCCUCAGAGCCGGCGGCGCCUGUGUGCGCUGCCGCAAGGGCAAGACCAAGUGCGUGUACGAGAACGGCCGCGCGCCCUGCAAGAACUGCGCAAAAGGCAUGCACGAAUGCUAUCUGCCUUCGGAGAGCAUGGCCCAUCACCACGGCCAGAGCCCAGCUCGCCAUACCGCAGCGCAUCGCCCAGCGCGCGACGCUUUGCCGGCGUCCGGGCCCGGUGCCUCUGACGCCAGACAGCCCGUUGUGGGCUCAGGCGGAGCCAGACACGUACAGGCCACCUCCGAAAACCAUGCAGGUCUCGGGAGCAUCCCUCUGAACCUCUACAUCCCUUUUGGACACAGAGGCGCAACGUCCCUGCUCUUUCCUCGGCUUACACCGGAACUCGUCGCCGAGUGCGAGCGUGUCGUGUCGAAGACAUUCCCUGCCUGCGUGGCCUUUCACAAGCCGACGUUUAUGCAACAGCUGAAAAAUGCUUCGCUUGAAUCCAGUCUCGUCUACGGUCUGUUGACUUGUGCUGCUCGGAGCUCUCCGACCCUCAUCCGUCGCUAUGGCGGCACUCCUACCGGUGCUGCGGAUACUUUUGCAGGCAAGGCCAUGUCCCUGAUUAACGCCAACUUGGACCAGCCCAACCUCGCCGACAUCCAAGCCCUCUGCCUGGUCAUCAUUCACGAAUGGGGCAGUCGAAAUGCCGUUCGCGCCUACGUCUACCUCGGCCAAGCCACGCGGCUCUUGCAGAUGUACCGGAUCCUCAAUAGCCACCACACAUCUGACACCGCCGACCAGUUCCUCCGUGAUGAGUCUUUCCGUCGCACGCUGUGGCUGACUUACAUCCUCGACUGCAUUCUCACCUCUACGCCCGGCCGGUAUCCCGCCCUGACCAUUCAAGACACUACUGACGUGGCCCUGCCCUGCUCGGACAUCAACUUCGCAUUUGGCAAUGCCGUAUACGUCAAGACUCUUCCGCAGCAGCUCGGCUUUCUCAACGGUGCUCACGAGUCACCCAACCGCCACCUGCCCAAUGGCGAGAUUGGCGAAUUUGGCCACAUUGUUAUGGCCGCCACCAUCUGGCGAGACGUUGUUGGCAUGCUUGGCGUUGCGAGCUUUCGCGAAGAAGAUUGCACAGACCUCAUUGUUAGGAUUGAAAGACUGCGAGGCAGCCUCCCCAUGCAGUUUGUUGAUAAGCCGGGCCAAAUCAACCUCCAUAUGACGAUGGGAUCUGGCUAUACUUUCGCCAUGCUUCACUGUCUCAUCCACUGCGCCAUCAUCUUCGUCCACCGUCGGCGUCUUUUGGAAGAUACCACGUCCCCCUCGUUUAACCUAGAGACAUAUCGCCACACGCCUCGAUGCCACGAGAUUGUGGACCGCCUCUUCAGCUCGUGCCAUGGCACCUUAGCUCUCCUUGCAGCGGUCGAGGCCGGCGCAGAGAAGGAUCAUGCAAUUUGCUUGCCCAUCUUCAUGCUCUUCUCCGCAUUCACUGCUAGUGCAACUAUUGCUUUCCUCUCCCUCAAGGGGCUGACACCCCCCAACGCCGUCGAGACGGCAGCGCACAUUGUCAAGGACGGUUUGCGAUUUAUGCACGAUGGCAAUGAGAACUGGCCUCUGAUGAACAGCUGGCUCAGGCACCUGACUGUCAUGCAACGUGUCCUCCACAAUGAUGCCGCUGCCGCCAUGAUGGCGUCUAGACACGGCUCUCACCCUCACCUUGCCCCGGUGCCGGGUAUCAAGGAUGAAAUGUCAUCAAAUGGUGAUACAAAUCAAGAUGCUAUGGAGUAUGACCAGCAAUCCGCCGCUGGAGCUAUUCCUGGCCAGCAGCAUGGCUCUGCGCCUCGCUCAGUAUCUGGCUCUGCUCGUGGAGACAGCGAGCCUCCUAUUUCCCUUCCCAGGCGACCCGGCGUUACGACCAUUAACGGGGGAUCUAACAACAUCUCCACCUCGGGCACCGCAUCGCCUCCAUCUGGCGGUGCUCCGCAAGCGAACAUGCAGGUUCACGAUGUCAAGCAACCGAGUCCCGAGAUGAUGACCAACGGUAUGGUUUCGGUCCAAGACGGCCAGGCUACGAGCCAGGACAUGACUGCGCCUGAGCUAUGUGAAGCGUUUGAGCGCCAGCUUUUGGAUCUCGAUGACCUCGCUGCCUUUAUGGGUGGCGGAGUUUGACUCGAAUCCAUCCAUGACGAUGCAUCACAAUUGGCUAUUACGGACGGGGCCAUGAUGCUUAUGACUCUUUCCGGAUACGCAGCGACAUAACAUAGACUGGGCGGCCAAACUUCCGGACUUUCUCUUAUUCUUUCUUUCUUUAGCAAGAGCGCAUAAGAUGGGAUU